AUUAACUUUUGCUCCCUCCAUCUUAAUCUCUGCCUCAUGUCUUUGGUAGUAACCAUAUAAGCAUUACUGAUUAUAUAAAGACUCCAAGGGGACAUAAUCCUGAUAACACCAAGUUAUAAAGAGGAGAGAGAGAGAGAGAGAGAGAGAGAGAGAGAGAGAGAGAGAGAGAGAGAGAGAGAGAGAUUUUGGUGAAGAGAUGAGCACUGCAAGAUUCAUCAAAUGUGUGACCGUUGGCGACGGAGCAGUUGGAAAGACUUGUAUGCUCAUUUCUUACACCAGUAACACUUUUCCAACGGAUUAUGUGCCAACGGUGUUUGAUAAUUUCAGCGCGAAUGUUGUGGUUGAUGGGAGCACGGUGAACCUCGGGCUUUGGGAUACUGCAGGCCAAGAAGAUUACAACAGGCUAAGACCUCUUAGUUACAGAGGUGCUGAUGUGUUCUUGUUAGCCUUUUCUCUCAUUAGUAAGGCUAGCUAUGAGAAUAUCUCCAAGAAGUGGGUUCCUGAAUUGAGGCAUUAUGCACCAAAUGUACCUAUCGUGCUCGUAGGAACUAAGCUCGAUUUACGCGAUGAUAAGCAGUUCUUCAUUGACCAUCCUGGUGCUGCACCAAUAACAACAUCACAGGGAGAAGAAUUGAAGAAAAUGAUUGGUGCAGUUGUUUAUAUAGAAUGCAGUUCCAAAACUCAGCAGAAUGUGAAGACUGUGUUUGAUUGUGCAAUUAAGGUAGUUUUGCGUCCUCCGAAGCAAAAGAAAAGAAGAAGAAAGCCAAGGACAUGUUUUAUUCUUUGAGCGGAAAUAUGUUAUGCCCAACACAAAUCUUUGCUUCAAAAUCUUUUUAUAGAGCUAUUGCAAUUCUGUGUUAGAUUGUUAUAAAUGGUUUGUUAUCAGAAAUGCAUGAAAUAUUUUAUGGAGUCUCAGUA